UUCUGAAGCUUGUCGUCCAGACCAUCUCGCCACUUCCUCCACCUCCUCCAUCUCCUGAGCUCUGGCCUCCUCUGUGAGACAUGCCUCGCUGCUGCCUCCUGCUUAUCGGUCUCGUUCUGGUCCUGAUCUUCGACCAGAGCCGGGCCCAGGUGGAUCUGAACCAGUCCAGAGAAGAUCUGGACUCUGAACCAGACCAGACUCUGAGCCGAAAACAGGAUCUGGUAGAGGCUCUGGAGGUGCUGCUGGGUCAGAUUCAAACCGCUGACAAACGAGGCUCCAUUCCAACGUGUGGGAUGGGCGACCGCUGUGCUAUGAAGUUCGGCCCUCGCAUCGGGAAACUGUGUGACUGCGGACGAGGAGCAAACUGCAACUCUUUCCUCCUCAAAUGUAUCUGAGAGAACAACCCCCCCCCCCCCCCCCCCCCACACACACACACACACUGCAACACUGCAACUCUUUCCUCCUCAAAGAGACAUUAAAGAGGGGGUACUAUGCAAAAUUGAGUUUUUUGGAGCUUUUUACAAUGUUGUAAUGUACCCCUAUUAAAAACAUGGCUGAAGAGGUUUUAGAUGUCAUCCAUGCAUGUUUGAGUAAUCUAGCGAACUCUCCCAAGCCGCUUUCGAACCCUCUUUACAGUUAGCAGUACAAGCCUGUACAAGGCUCCACCCACAAACCUACAUCACCCAUGUUCAUGCACGACAAUUCUCCAUAAAUAUACAAAAACACGAUACAAAACUGUACAUGGCAAUUUGACAAACCCAAUACAAUGUGCAGUAGUUUCAUUAACAGGAUGCACACUGUUUGUGUUGUGAUAUCACAUUUUUACAUUUUUACCUCUUGGCUUUCUAUAUGUUAUGUAUUAGCAGUCAAUACCCC